AUGGCGUCGCACCCCCGAACUCUUCAUGAAGGUGAUCCCAAGGGCACGUUUCUCAAGAUAGACGGCGGAAUCAAUGCCUAUCUCGCCACCCCGUCGGAAGAGAACGCUCGCAAAGGCGUCGGCAUUCUCUUCAUUCCAGAAAUUUUGGGCAUCUACCCCAACAGCCAACUAUUGGCAGAUGGCUUUGCCGCCAAAGGAUACACCACACUCAUCCCGGAUGUAUUCAACGGCGAUGCAAUUCCACUCGACAGAUUCCCCCCUGCUGAUCUCUUAAGCUGGCUUGCAAAGGGUUUUGAUGGUAACAACCCACAUACGCCUGAAUACGUCGACCCAAUUAUCAUUGCAGCGAUUAAAAAGCUAAGAGAGCUCGGAGUAUCCAAAAUCGGAGCUGUUGGAUAUAGCUUCGGUGGCAAGUAUGUGGUCCGACAUUUCAAGAACGGUAUUGACGCGGGAUUUGUCGCGCACCCCAGUUUUGUGGAAGAGGACGAGUUGGCUGCCUUGGCUGGUCCUUUAUCCAUUGCUGCACCUGAAACAGACCGGCUUUGGCCAGCCCCUCAGAGACACAAAGCUGAAGCCAUACUUGUUAAAACCGGCCAGCCUUACCAAAUCACCUUGUUUUCAGGAGUUGCGCAUGGCUUCGGUAUUCGAGGAGAUCCGGAUGUGAGGCUACAGAGAUUUGCAAAAGAACAAGCAUUUAAUCAAGCAGUUGCUUGGUUCGAUGAACAUUUGCUGGAGGUGUAA